UAACUGCUCGGUUACGCAUACGCAGCCCAUGGGGUUCUCGUGUCAUCGCGGUUGCUAAGUCCUCGAAGAAGAAAGGAAGGAAAUGACGCAGAACAAUUCACUUCAAGAAUACAAUUGGGAUUCUCAGGAAUGCGAAAUAACCGAAACUCUACGGCCGCAUCAAGACGAAGUGAUCAGCGUUUACGAAGUGUACGUAAAAGAAGAAGAGAAUCCGGGUUCGUCCGAGCACAAUAAUGAUUCCGAUGGCUCCGGAAGCGCGGCAUGUACGAGCACGACUAAUUCGUCGAGUACAACGAGCAAUCAUCAAAUGCGAGCAAUCGUCAAAGGUUUGGACGUCGACGUGGCGGACAGCACGGAGAUUAUGAACGAGGAAUCCGACAUAAACGACGAAGUUACAUCGGUUAUGAAGUUACUGGGAAAAGAAUCGCUCAAGUACAAGGUCGUAGAGCAAAGCGUGAUCGACGGGAGCGACAACGACGCGGUUUUUUGCGAUCAGACGGUGAGCGAGCAGAUGAAGGCGAGUUCCUACGUCGGGCCACGGCUCAUCGACAAGGACGACCCCCGCUCGCGACUCCACUUCGUCAAGUACCUCAAGCGGGACGGGAAAACUCUGAAAAUUUGGGAAUGCGGAAUCUGUACCAAGGAAUUUCGUCAUCAGUACACCUUGAUGAGGCACCUCCCGACGCACACCGACGAAAGAAACUUCAAGUGCGACGCUUGCGGUAAAGCUUUCCGGCAAUUGUCCACUCUCAGCCAGCACAAGGCUAUCCACAGCGACGCGAGGCCCUACGUUUGUGAAUACUGCAAGAAAACUUUUAAUAGAGUUUCCACUCUCAUUUCCCAUCGCAAGACUCACUCGGAACUCAAACCUCACAAGUGUCAUGUCUGUGGUAAAGGAUUUCAUCAAAAAGGGAAUUUACGAAAUCACGUAUUUACCCACACGAAUGAACGGCCCUAUAAAUGCGAGCUAUGCGGCAAAGGAUUUAACCAGAUGUCAAAUCUCGUUUGUCACAAGAUAAAGGCGCAUGCUCAUUCAGAAAAAAUGCAAUAUUCCUGCGGGAUAUGUGGCAAGGAGUUUCCACGAAGAUUUGCUCUGAGAUCACACGAAGAAUACAAGCACGGGAUCAAGUAUCGUAAUCCAAGUGGAAUCCCGAGAGAACGUAAGCUACCGGUUAUUCAAAAGCCUACGUCGACUUCUACUUGCUUGACUGCCAGUCCAACGAAGCCCAAGCCGAACGUAACCUCUUCGACCACCAGCAUCUCCAGCGGGGCGAGUGUCAUGCAGAAUAAAAGUGUGAGAAUAGUCGAACUACCGAGUCACGAAAGAACCGAAAAAUGCCAAGUUGCCGAAUCCUCGCAAAUGGAAUAUACGGACAGUUUAGUCGUCAACAAAAUCGAGACGAGAGACUUGCAGAAUGCUAUCGUUGAAGGACAAACGCCUUUCGCACUCCUCAAGCCCGUUACAGGGAUUCCCGUUUUAGUCAAAGUGUCCCCUGCCGGACCCCACAAACAUCUGUUGACCCCCGCGACGGCCGACGAUCUUCAGAUGUUAGGAAAAGUCUCGCUCAGCCCGACGCUGACCGUUGAUCCUGGUCUCAAGGCAAUGCACGUUAAAGUUCCUGUCGUCGCUACGAUAACGCAAAACUUUGACGAGAACGGCAAACAGAGUUUCUCGAUAGAGGCACCGGGCGUGGACCAGAGUCAAGAGAGCGUCAUCGCCCCGCUUGAUUCGCAAUUCCCCUUCCAAAAUACGGAAUCCUCUCUCCGGCUGCACAGUGCAACUGCAAGCAGUUUGUGCAGUCAUGCUAUCAACGAUAUCGUAGUCGAGGCGAAUUCAGCAAUGCCGAUGAGUACGACAACAACGGCUCAACCAGAAUCGCAAUCGGACGAUUGCAACGAACUUCUCGAACUCGCGGCUCAAGGAGGAAUUCAAUUCGUACGUGCAACCGAAGACGGGCGGUACGAGGUCAUGACUAAUAAUGAGGCGAGAGAACUGAUGGCUCAGAAUUCUCAUGACGUUACGAUCCUCGACGGCGAAGAUGCCGACGCUCUCAACAUUGUUGAUACCCGCGGAGGGGGGGACAUCUCGGCUGGCUGCUGUAUUCAGGAGGACUUUAUGAUCGACCAUCCCGACAAUCAGAUCAUGGUUUUGGACUCGAUGACCAACACCCAAAAGUCCAUCGACCUCGAAGCCAUCGACAUAUUCGAGGACAAGGACAUCAGGAUUCUCGACCCGAAGAAUUUCGACGAUCGGAUGAUCGACGGAAUGACUUUUUUGUCUCAAAUGAAAAUGGACGAUUUGAUUCUCCUCCCGAGCAAAUCGUCCGACAAUAUUUCCGGAUGCGCCAUCUCCAUUUCGAGCCCGAGCGACAACGACUUUUCUGGAAUCGCGGCUUUCCUUAAUCCCAAUCGGAACACUAUCAACAACAAUCAACCGAUGAAUAUGAGCUCGUUGCUGCCCAAAGGUUCUUCGAACUUGUCUCUCAUCAGCGACACGAUGAAUUAUCUCAGACACUGUCCCAGCCGGAGCCUCAGCGACGAACUCAACAUUCUUAGUUCCGAUAAAGAAUCCAUCGGCGGAAAUCUCAUUGGGGAUAGCCGACAGUCUCAACAGCAGCAACAACAGUUUCAGCACCAGGAACAUUACAACGGUAAAAUCAAAUUUAGCGAUUACGAGCCACGAGAUUUGUCGAAUUCUCUAUCGAUCGGGUAUAAAAGAGACGAGCAAAGUUAUCAGAGCGGAACAGAUUUCUAUCGGGAGAACGAGGCCAAAAUAUCCUGGGAUAGUAAGAGGGCCGUGCCCAGUUUCGGGGAGGUCAAGACUUUGGCAACUAAGAUCGAUAAUAUCCCUAAUCAAGAUUCGUUAGAAGCCUCCUCGAGCCAGUUUCAGGAUAUUCGAAUUCUCGGCAGUUACGAACAGUACGUCAAGUCCUCUGGUUUUGGGAAAAAACAAGAUUUUUUCCACGCCAAUAAUCAUGGAACGGAGGACGAUGUACUCAGUGCCCGUAAAGAAAUAAAGAUUCUUGGAAAAAAGCUCGAAUGUGGCUUUCUCGAAAACAAUGAGAAUGGAAAACUCAUUAAACUCGAAGACGACGAAACCUCGAGAAGAAUCCCCAACGAUUUUUGGGAAGGAUGGAUCGAAACGAAUCGUUGCUCCGGUGAUAAUAUACGAUACGAUCAAGACGAGAACGACAAAGAAAAUGAUCUUUCCUACGCGAACAUCAUCGACCCCGAAACUUUAUAGAAAGCUGCUAUAAUUAUGCGUUACAACGUUUCUUUUUACAAUUAAUCAGUAAGAUUCCCGAGCUCGAUCAACAAAUUUAAGAAUUAUUUUCUUGCGUCGCAUCGAUUUGAAUGAUUAGAAAAUUUAUACAUAAAAAAUUAACACGUCAUCGUUACAUAUACAAAGUAUAAAAGUUACUGUUACAAACAAUUCUCGUCGACUCCGUUCCUUAUCGUCCAGCACCUACUAAAAACUUUCACUGACAUCCACAGUUCCCGUAACACAUGGUCGAAAACAUAGGAACUAUUGAGCCGAGAGUCACGCAUCGGUGAACUACAUAACAUAAUUUCAACAGGGAACUAGUAAAACAAGGGACACAUGGAUAGAUUUUGUCCGAUGGUCUACGAUCCUUCCACUCGGAGGCAUUUCCAUCAAAACUUUUAAUUAUUUUUCCCUAGAAUUUCAA